AUUUCUCGUGAUUUCACUCUUCUGUCUUUGAACUCGCCUUUGCUCUCAUAGCGCAUUGAUUUUCUGGACAUCCUCUCGCCGGAAUGGUCACAGAAUCUGCUGGUGCCUCUGGCAAACUCCAGAGAGUCGCCUCGCAACCUGAAAACCCUUAUUCGGCGCUGAUUACCGAUCAAUCUAUCGCGAUCAUCCCCUCGUUCACUCUCGAGUCUGGUGUCACCCUGCACAAUGUCCCAGUGGCAUACACCACCCGUGGCAAACUCUCCCCGAACGGAGAUAAUGUUCUGGUGAUCUGCCAUGCCCUCAGUGGCAGCGCGGAUGUCGCGGACUGGUGGGGUCCUCUGCUCGGUGGCCCUGGUCAGGCUUUUGAUACCUCGCGUUUCUUUGUUGUUUGCCUGAACAGUCUGGGCAGUCCGUAUGGCAGUGCCAGCGCCGUGACCUACAAGGACGGAGACCCGGAAAAGGGCCUCUAUGGCCCCGAGUUUCCUCUCACCACUGUGCGGGAUGAUGUGAGGAUCCACAAGAUAGUACUGGACGACCUUGGCGUGCGGCAGAUCGCAGCGGUUGUGGGUGGCUCCAUGGGAGGUAUGCUCACCCUCGAGUACGCCUACUUCGGCAAAGAGUAUGUCCGUGCGAUCUGUCCGAUCGCCACAUCCCCUCGCCACUCGGCCUGGUGUAUCAGCUGGGGUGAAGCGCAACGUCAAAGCAUCUACAGUGACCCUAAGUAUGAGGACGGUUACUACUCGUUCGACGAUCCUCCUGCGACCGGCCUGGGUGCGGCUCGCAUGUCUGCCCUUCUCACCUACCGCAGUCGCAACUCCUUCGAGUCUCGAUUCGGCAGAAAUGUGCCCGACCCCUCGAAACGCCAGAACAUUAAUGGCACGGAGAGACAGCCGAGCCCGCCCAACGAGCACUGGGCCGUCCACAACGAUGGCCACAAGAGCAGUGGGCGCAGCUCCCCUGUGCCUCAGUCGCCCAUCCUUGCUCAGCCGGCCGAGGUCCUCUUCCAGGACCCGCAGUUUUCGGGAACCAAGACUUUCAGCAAGACUGUGGAACCCAAGGGCAACCAGAAGAAGCUUCCGACCUACUUCUCGGCCCAGUCCUACCUUCGCUACCAGGGCGAGAAGUUCGUGAAGAGGUUUGACGCCAACUGCUAUAUUGCGAUCACCCGGAAACUCGACACGCACGAUGUGUCGAGACAUCGGGCCAGUGCGGAUUCCAAGGACCCUGUCCGCGAGGCACUUGGUCAGAUCGAGCAACCUGCGCUGGUGCUGGGGAUCGAGACGGAUGGUCUGUUCACCUUUGAGGAGCAGCAGGAGAUUGCGGCUGGCAUCCCGGACUCGAGACUGAAGCGGAUAGAGAGUCCCGAGGGCCACGACGCCUUCCUCCUGCAGUUCGAGCAGGUCAACAAGUACAUCCUGGAGUUCUUCCGCGAGGUCCUGCCGGACAUCAUGUCCAAGGUCCCGGAGGGAGGCGCCGAGGCCGUGGACGGCGUGAACAAGCUAACUAAGAGCAGCACAUUCGGCGAAGCGGAGGUGGAAGACAUCACCGCCUGGUAGACUGACCUUCCCAUUAUCCAGAUCACCUUUGGCGCAUUCCUUGCAGCCUUUACACACAACACAGAUGCCUGACACCAGAAAGGGGAACGCAGUCUGGCCAUUCUCUCGGCGACGAGAGGACGCGCCGGCGGCUUCGGACCCCGCCAGGACCAGGCGCCCUGGGGGAAGUAGCGGUGCACACAUGUUUAUUGUCAUAUUUAAGCCAGUCAGAGAGAUGAGCACUUAACUGCCUCUCUCGUUUCCUAGUCACAGGUAAGGCUGUAAAGAAGCAUCCAACUGCUCUCCAUCGAUAAGCCCUUAUCGGUGUGGCUUUGCCACGCAACCACAGUCCGAGGGUGGUGGGCGACCAUUCUACAAGAGUUCGAUCGUACAUAGUAUGAUGAAGGAAUAGACAAUCAGUUUUGUU